AAACACUGAAAACUUCUUAAAGUUAUAAAAGUUAAAUUUUCUGAGAUUUUAAAAAGUUUCUGGCUAAAGUUAACAAAGUUAUGAACAGCAGGGACAAAACUUUAUAUCUAAAUCCAUAAAACAGUUCAUGUCAUACAGUAAAAAUGGAAAAUUUCGAUGAAAAUAAAACUGCACCGAACCAAAACAACAACAAAAAGAUGAGUUUAACUGGGAAAGUGUUAAUUGGUGCAUCAGGACUUGUUGCUGUUGGAAUUUCGGUCGUCUGCUUCCCAUUCAUAUCCCCAGCAUUUCGGAGAUUUACCCUGCCUUUUAUACCUGCCACAGAUAAGCAAUUGCAAAACAUUCUUGCUGUUUUGCCAAAAAAUCCAGUCAAGAACAAUCGACUUUUAGACAUAGGAAGUGGAGAUGGACGAAUUGUCAUUCAAACUGCUAAGAAUGGAUACAAAUCAGACGGAGUAGAACUUAAUUAUUGGCUAGUCCUCUAUUCUCGCCUUGCAUCACUCCGAUCAGGAACAUCAAGCAACACAAAAUUCUUUAGGAAAGAUUUAUGGAAAUAUCCACUCGACAGCUACAAUUAUUGUGUGAUUUUUGGCGUAGAAGAGAUGAUGAUUAAGCUAGAAGACAAGUUUGAUAAGGAAUUGAAAAAAGGCUCGACAGUAAUUGCUUGCAGAUUUCCACUUCCAAAUAAAUCACCCACUAGAGUGUUAUCAGACGGAGAUGUCGAUUCUGUCUGGAUAUAUGAGUACAAGUAGUCAAUAGAUUAAUACUUAUUGUGAAAUAAACAGUAAUGCACGUAGUCCUUAUCAUUGUCUAUAAUUUCU